AUGAACGCCUCUAGCCUUACACUUUCACUUCUGCUUUGUUUAGGUGCUACUAAUGCAAUGUCAUUGGGGAAACGACAAGCCGGAGACAAUUCUUACGGUGAUGAACCAUCGCUGCCUACUCAAGCUGUGUAUGAAGUAGUUGAAAUAACUACUUUUGUACCAGUGCCAGAAGAGGAAGCGCAACCAAUCAAAAACAGUGUACCUAUCAAUCCACCGGUAGUCGUUGAAUCAGGCUACCGAAGUAGGAGACAAGCCGGCGCCAAUACGAAUGGUAAUGAGCUACCCUUCUCAUCACAGAGCGCCUACGGGAUUGAUGAAUUUUUGAAAGAGAUACCGACCACUGAAGAGGAGAUACAGCCUGUCACAAGCAUUCCUCGUGAACAACGUUUAGUUGUUGUGGAAUCCGGGUAUUCAACAUAA